AUCUCUCCGCCAGCCCAUUCCACCAGUGAACAAAACCGAGGGAAGGUCACGGUUUGACAGAGAGUCGAAGCCCUGAACGCAUUUUCACGUCCAAGCGCUCAUUCCUCACGACACAUCGAGAAAAAAAAAAAAAAAAGUUUGGGAUAAACUACAGCAAAACUCACCUUUCCUAACGCGGGACAUUUUGUGCGCCUGUGUAAUUCGGAAGCUUUUAUUGCGGAGGUCUACCCAGCCGGUUAUCCGUCCUACCUGUCCAAUCCGCCGGUCUUCGGUGCGUCGUGUCCCGGCAGCAGCGUCCCCAGAGUCUGAUCCUGUUCCAGUUCGGCUGCGGGCGACUCGUCUAGAUCGCUAUCAUCAGGAUGAAGAUGAGACAGCUUGGAGCGCUGUGUGGCUUCGUUCUGCUGACCCUGGCUGCUCUCGCCACCGGUCGGCCGAAACUAGGUCCUGAGCAGAAGUGUAAGUCUGGUCCGGUGGAUCUGGUCUUCCUUAUCGACAGCUCCCGCAGCGUCAGGCCGCACGAGUUCGAGACCAUGAGGAAGUUCAUGAUUGAUAUUCUCAACACGCUGGACAUCGGACUCAACGCCACCAGAGUGGGAGUGGUUCAGUACUCCAGCCAGGUCCGCAGUGAGUUCUCUCUGAAGGCCCACGCCAAGCUGGACAGCAUGGUGAAAGGCAUCAAUCAGAUCAUCCCUCUUGCUCAGGGAACCAUGACUGGACUCGCCAUCAGAUAUGUGAUGAAUGAAGCUUUCACCCCCGAGGCUGGAGACAGGCCAAAGGUCCCGAACGUGGCUGUGAUUGUGACAGACGGACGUCCUCAGGACCGUGUGGCCGAGGUGGCGGCUGAGGCCAGAGAGAAAGGCAUCGAGAUCUACGCCGUGGGAGUUGCCAGGGCUGACAUGACGUCGCUGCGGGCCAUGGCUUCUCCACCCUUCGAGGACCACGUCUUCCUGGUCGAGUCCUUCGACCUCAUUCACCAGUUCGGACUGCAGUUCCAGGACAAGCUCUGCGGUAUGGAUAUGUGUCUGGAGUCGGACCACGGCUGUGAGCACAUCUGUGAGAGCUCCCCGGGCUCCUACCACUGCCUCUGUCUGCCUGGAUACACCCUGAAUGACGACGGGAAAACGUGCACAGCCAUAGAUCUGUGCGCGGAGGGAAAGCACAACUGUGAACAAUUGUGCAUCAGCUCCCCCGGUUCCUUCACCUGCGACUGCAACAAAGGAUACAAGCUGAACAACGACAAGAAGACCUGCUCAAUGAUCGACUACUGUUCGUUUGGGAACCACAGUUGUGAUCACGAGUGUGUGAGUGUGCUCAGUGGCUAUCACUGCCGCUGUAACGAAGGAUACAGGCUGCUGGACGACGGCAAGACCUGCCAGGCGAUUGACCUGUGCGCUGAGGGGAAACAUGACUGUGAACAAAUCUGUGUCAGCGCGCCCGGCGUCUUCACCUGUGACUGCAACGAAGGAUACACACUCAAUGAAGACGAGAAGACCUGCGCACCCAUUGACCUGUGUGCCGAGGGAAAGCACGACUGUGAACAGAUCUGUGUCAGCGCUCCAGGCGUCUUCACCUGCGGCUGCAACAAAGGAUACAAACUGAACAAGGACAAGAAGACCUGCACAAACAUGGACCUGUGUAAAACAGUGGAGCACGGCUGUGAGCACCAGUGUGUGAGCACUCCAGGAUCCUACUACUGUAUCUGUCCUGAGGGACAACUGCUGCAAGAUGAUGGCAGGAGCUGUGGCACCUGCAAGUCUGCCAACAUCGACCUGGUGCUUCUGAUUGACGGCUCUAAGAGCGUCCGACCCCAAAACUUUGAGCUGGUCAAAAAGUUUGUUAACCAGGUGGUGGACUCUCUGGAUGUGUCUGUUCAUGGUACCAGAGUGGGUCUGGUUCAGUACUCCAGUCGGGUCCGGACAGAGUUCCCUCUCAACAAGUACCACACGGCUGAUGAGAUCAAAGCUGCCGUCAUGAAGGUUGAUUACAUGGAGAAAGGUACGAUGACGGGUCUGGCCCUGAAGCACAUGCUGGAGAACAGCUUCUCAGAGGCAGAAGGCGCUCGUCCUCUGAAGCGCAACAUCCCCCGAAUCGGACUGGUCUUCACAGACGGACGCUCGCAGGACGACAUCACCGAGUACGCCAAGAUGGCCAAAGAAGCUGGUAUCACCAUGUACGCUGUGGGCGUCGGCAAAGCUGUGGAAGAUGAGCUCCGUGUGAUUGCGUCUGAGCCUGUGGAGAAACAUUUCUAUUACACCACUGACUUCACCGCCAUCAGCACCAUCGCUGAGAACCUUAAACUCAAUGUCUGCCCAGAGGAGAGCCAGGGUGAGAUCGAGGUGAAGGAUCCGUGUGCCUGUGAGAGUCUGGUGGAGUUUCAGCACGCGACCAUGAGCAGCCUGGAGCAGCUCAACCAGAAACUGGCUGGAAUGACGGCUCGUCUGGAGCAGCUCGAGAACCAGCUCCUGUCCAGGAAGUGAUGUGGUCGUCGCUGAGAGCAAACAGGAAGGAAGAAGAGCAGAGCGAGAGAGAGGAGGGCACAUCGUGGCAGAAGCAUCAAAGGGGGAGAUUUAAAACACUCUUCCAGUCAGUGGACAAGAAACCAAACUAACGUUGCCUUUUGACAAAGCCUGUGCAGUUUCAGAGGAGUGUGAGAGUGAUCUGAAAGUUUUUGAUAUAAAAUCAAAUUUAUGUUACAUUUGUAAAUUACAUAAUUAUGUACACUUUUUUUUUCCUAAAAAACAACAACAACGACACAUCCCCCUCCCCUGCCGUCAUUAACAGAGCAGUGGCUGCAAGAUGAACAGAUGGAUAUUAAAUCUGUUUUUUGUUAUCACGCACAAAUGAACCAGAACACAUUAAAGAACACAUUAACGGUAUUUGUUUCUGACCUCUGUGUAACACGUGCACCUAUACCAGUGCACAACGAGGAUCACAGGCAUGUUGCUAUCUUUGUAAACUAGAUGUAAUCAAUGUACUGUAGAUAUUAACUUAGUGAAAAUACGAUUAGCAGUUUCCAUCACACUCAGUGUUCAUCCAGUUCAUUUCUCUUAGUGCCCUAUUUAUACUUGAUCUGUUUUAUACAGUUUGUUGAAUAUAAUGUAUUUAUAGUCGAUUUGCUUUGCUUUUUUUGUUUGUCUGUUUGUUACCAACAGUAGAAUAGCAAAUACACAUGUCAGAGUGGACAGUUAGAAGAACUAAGUGUUAUUACCACUCCCGAUACCAGACAGGGUUGGCUCAUUUUAUAAUACAGGCAUCACGUUCACAUAUUUCCUAUGAGGCCUGGAAACUGGGUUAGAAUAAAACAAACAAACAAAAAAAGGGGGGAAUUAAAACAAAUCACUUUUAACUAAAUCUGUGGUCUGUUGGUGGAGUACGAUGCGAGAGUCUUAAAGGAUUCACUAUACACUACUAACUAUGACUAAAUACCUUCUUUCGUGCAUCAUCUUUUCUCUGCACUUUCUAGACCGGAUGAUGUAUAAGUUUACACACAGAACUGUUCGUUUCCUCAGCUGAUAAACAGCAAAGGAAGAUCUGACACUAUGAUAUUCAAAUAGUUCACCUCUGUUCUCUCAUCGGAUUUCAGGAGCUCUAACCGCCUCAGCUACGACAGUGUCGACCGUCUGACACUCUAUAGCCCUUUAUAUUUGACGCCUGUAUGUUUUUGUAUAUUUUCUCAUAACUUUACAUUUUUUUUUUUUUUUGUAUUUUUCUAAAGAAUCUCUGUAUUACAGCACAAGAGGCAAUAAAGAAGUGAACUUUUCA